AUGACUUCGGUGAGGCCAUCAUCAAUUUUCCUGCAUGAUUUGUCCAAUGCAAACAAAGCCAUUUCCGAGGAGUUUCAGCUAUGGAUGAUUCCAAAUAGUGCUGUUGAAGAAGCGUUGGAGAUUGAAGGUUCAGGCCAUAUGCCUAUGGACAAGGCAAGGACUCCAAGUGAAGCAUGGCUAGACAAUGAAUUUUUACCCUACAGCAGCUCUCUACGGCAUCCAACUUCACUGUUUUUUGGCCUAAAAUUAAUAUCCUCCAAGCUGUAUCAACUAAGUCACAUUGAGGAUCUUGAAUUAUCAAUGACUUCGGUGGGGCCAUCAUCAAUUUUCCUGCACGAUUUGUCCAAUGCAAACAAAGCCAUUUUCGAGGAGUUUCAGCUACGGAUGAUUCCAAAUAGUGCUGUUGAAAAAGCGUUGGAGAUUGAAGGUUCAGAUCAUAUGCUAUGA